AUGAGCUACAACCUUCCCAACCCGAGUCUUCUUGGGAUUCUUCUUAUUGUGUCGAGUCACAGCGGCCCGCAGCUUAUCUUCAAGUAUCCUCAUGACGAAGAAGAAUUGGCCGUAGAUGAAGUCAACACGUCAGAUUCAGAUGGUGAAGAUAACCACAGCCAUAGCGAUGAUACCAUGUCGGGACUUAACGAAGAGAUCGACCUGACAAACAUGAACUACUACAUGGGUACAAAGAAGGACAUCAUUGGAUUUCUUGAUGAUCAAGAACGUAGUAGAAGGUUACAACGACAAACGGAAGUUAAAGACCGACUUCUCAAUCAUCCCAGACCGGAUGAUAGAUCAGCAACCACCAUAUCCUUAUUAUCGAAGAAGACUUCUAAUCCUGCUUCCUCUAUACUGGACAGUCAUGGGACCCUAGACACUGUUACUAAUAAUAAUAAUAAUAAUAAUAAUAAUAAUAAUAAUGGUAAUAAUACUCCUUUACCCAAUGCUAUCUAUGGUAUAGAGAUGGACUAUCUAUGUGAGAUGUUGGCACCUCCAAGACAGAUGUGUAACACUCGGUUCGAGAUCAUGAUUGACGAACACGUGUUUGUGGGGUUGCCUAUCCAUAAACAUGACAAUGGCACCUGGAGACAACAAGAGUCCAUGAAGAAGAAGAACAGGAAGAGCAGGAGCAGGAGCAAGAGCAAGAGCAGGAGAAAGAGCAAGAGCAAGAGCAAGAAGAGGACCAAUAAGAAGAAUAAUAGCCUUAAGAAAUCUUCAACUGAAGGGUCUUUGAUUGGCGAUGGUGGUGAAGGUGAUGGUUCCGAAAAUGACGACGAUGACAACGAUGAAGUGAUUAAUGAAGAUGAAGAUGAUGAUGAAGAUGAUGAUGAAGAUUAUGAUGACGAUGAUGAUGAUACAAGUGGUAAUAUUAAAAAGAUUAACUUGAAUAUGUUUCAUUUGGUGUUUGUAAUGAACCCUCCUAUUGUUGAAUUCAACUAUAGAAUCGAUGAAAUGUUCCAUUAUGUCAUCUCUAGACUAACUAUGGUCCUUCGUUAUGAGCAACUGAAAUAUAGCUAUGUUUCUCAACAAGUAGGACUCAUCCUUAGCAUUAAAGAACAGUUAAGCUCCAAAGUUGAAUGUGAAUCUUCUUUAAUUGCCAAAUCAUCACUUUGUCGAUUGAUUUAUGAAUGUUAUGAAGCCAUUUCCAACUCAAGAAUUGCAAAUUUAUCAAUUAAUAAUAAGCUUCGAUCAUUCCAAAUCCCUAUCAAAUCAGAAUUUUAUCUGUUGCCUGAAGAAUCAGUUCCUUAUCUUCCUGGCUCCAAUAUCUCGUCUAUGACCAAAUUAUUGGCAACUUCAGGAUUAAUAAGUGCUGGUGAAACAAGCAGAUACUCACAAAAAGGUUUCACACCGGGGGAAUCUUCUUCUCUUCAAAAUGAAGAAUAUAAUGGUAAUAAUGAUGAUGAGAUGGGGACUCUUUCAGAUCAAAUCCUACAUUUUGCUAUCUUGUUACUUGACACUCCAGAGAAUAUCAUUAGAGAUAUACGAACAGAAGACAAUAGUAUAUUGGCCAAAUUCAUUAGAAUGAUCAGACCAACUGAAUCUUUAUUCAGAAUAUCUUUGAGAAACUCAAGCUUAUCUCAUAACCAUAUAAAGUCCUUCAGUUUCCAUCUUGUAUAUUGGAGAAGAGCAAGAAUCAUAUUACCUUUAACUUCACGGUCCACUUAUAUCAUGUCGCCAAUGGCUCCAAUAUCUCAGAAUCUUUAUCGUGAUGUUAAACUUUUUAAAAAAGAGUUCCCCUCUUUACCUUCGUUAAUUAACUUUAUGCGUCUUUUGUCUGGCUCCGAUAAGCCUUAUGAUCCCAAUUUAAUGAUGAAUAGUAAGAAGAAGAAACUAGAAGUUCUAAAACCACAACCUUAUGGAAUGAUUAUCCCAACCAAAGAUCAUAAGAAAAGUUAUAUGGAAGCCCUUGCAUGGCUAAUGCGAUACGGUUACGUCACUCAGUUACAAACAUUCCUUUGGCUUAAGAUAUCUCGAAAGAUUAAAUUGAAAGUUGAAGAAGAUUUGGAAAAUGAAGCAUUCCAAAGGAAAAAGACUGGCAAGAAAGCGACAACUGCACCAUCAAAGGGCGUAGAUAACUCUUCCAAACCAAUGGAUGAGGUAACCAUAGCUACCUCUGCAGUCACUACCACCACCAAUGCUACAAACACUCAAUCUAAACAUCAACUGCAAGAAAAGAGUGCUGAAAUAAAUGAAAUCGAAAUGAGCUUGCGCAAAACCCAACUUGGGCCUAAAAUAGUGUUGGAAGAUGAUGAUGAUACAAUAUUAGUAGACCCUGUUAGAGCUACAGCUAUCGAAAGAAAAUGGAUCAACAAAAUAGUUCAAGAUGAAUGUGCAUUAAAUUCAGAACUAACUACUAUAUUCUACAAAUUGCUUCGAUACAUGAAUGGGAAUGACUCUUUAGAAUUGAUGUUACUUAAAGAAAACAUUUCUCGUUCAAUGCUUCAAAAACUAUUGGGUGAAAUCAAAGAUCAUAUUAUUGCUGUUCGUCAUUGGUGA